AUUGCUAAAAAAAAAUAAAAAAUUCUCGAAUGAAGACGUGUGAAAUUUUCUUCAUUAGAUUUUAUCAUUGUUUCUCGUAGAAUAUUGUGUAUUCAUAUGUUUUAUAGGUAGUGUUUAAAAUAUUUUGUUGUUUUUCAAUAUUGAUCCAUCUACACCAAGAUGAUUAUUGAAAACCCAGACACUUUCAAAAGUUGGUUGACCUCCAUAUUGGAACCCCUCUGCGAUGCGGACCCGGCUGCGCUGGCCAAGUAUGUGUACGCGCUGGUGAAGAAGGACAAGCCGCUGCAGGAGCUCCGCGAGGGCAUGCUGGACCAGCUGGACGUGUUCCUGCAGCAGGAAACCAAACCCUUCGUGGACAUGCUGUUCAAAUCCCUGGAGAGUCAGGAGUACCUGACCGCCGUCAUACCGGAACCCGCUCCCGAGCCCCCCGCGCCCCCCGCGCCCGUCAUAGAGGGGGCCAAGGAGCCUAAUGAACCGGAACCAACACCACCAUCUAACGGCGUGGCCCCCGCCCCCGCUCUACCCCCCGCGCCCGCGCCCGCCCCAGCCGCCCCCGCGGCGCCCCGGCAGCGCGUCGUCGUGUCUAGGGGGGACAAGGUGCCGCCGCGCCCGAGGAUACAGGAGCAGACUCUAGUCAAGGUGAUGCCACUGACGGAACUGUUGGAGGAGCCAGUAGACCAGCCGCCCAGGAGAAGAGAUAGACGGGGAGAUUCUCUAAGGGACAUAAUAGACCGCCGCCGCCGCCGCUCGCGGUCGUGGGAGCGUCGCGGCAGACGACGACACGCGUCGCCCGACGACCCGAGGCGACAUGAUAAGAGACGUCCACCUUCCAGAUCACCCUCGCCGAGGCGGUAUAGGAACAGGAGUCCGCCGCCGCCGGCCAUGUUGGAUCGACCACCCAGCCGCUCAAGAUCGCGCUCACCAAUCCCAGUGCGGGAUCGCCUUCACGACAGAGACAGACGAGUCGCCGAGCGAGACCGCAUGUCGCGCGACAGAGAACACCGCGACAGGACGCAGCGCUCCAGGGAUAGGGACCACUCCAGAGACCGUUCGCGCGAGCGGUCGCGCGGGUCGGCGGGCACGCCCACGCGAGAGGAGCGCCCGCACGCCGGCUACAAGCGCCGCUGCCGGGACUUUGACGGUACGUGGGAAUAUGAGGGGAUGAUUGGAAAGCAUAUUAUGAUGAUUUUUGGUCCUGGUCGAAUUACGACCAGAGCGGAGAGUGUGUCGCGCGGCUCGGCGGGCACUCCCUCUCGAGAGGAGCGCCCGCACGCCGGCUACAAGCGCCGCUGUCGGGACUUUGACGAGAAGGGCUACUGCAUGCGCGGCGACCUCUGCCAGUGGGACCACGGCGCGGACCCGCUGGUGCUGGAGGACGCCUCGUUCCCCGUGCCGCGCGUGCCGGAGUACAACCCUCUAGCGCCGGACAUCUGGGGCGGGGGGGCGCCGAUGCCGUUCCCGCCCCACCACUUGCCGCCCCCGCCGCGCGCCCUCAUACCCAUACGGAUCCGCGAAGCCGCCCCGCCUCCAAUGAUGGCUCAGCUGCCGCCUGCGCCGAUGCCGCUGCGGCCCCCGGCUCCUAAGAAGAACUUCGAGUACAACCGACUUGGCCCGCGCCCCCCUCUAAGCGGUAACGGAGCCAACUGCUCGCUGGAAGUGAAGAAAGUGCCGCGAGGACUCAACGACAUCACGCACCUCAACAACCACUUCAGCAAGUUUGGCAAGAUUGUUAAUAUACAGGUGUGCUUCGAGGGCGACCCGGAAGGCGCUCUCAUCACGUUCUCCACGCACACGGAGGCCAACGUCGCCUACAAGAGCACCGAGGCGGUGCUGAACAAUAGGUUUAUUAAAGUGCUGUGGCAUAAUCCUGAGAGUAAACAAGAGAACGUCCCGCCCGCCGCGCCGGCGCAGCCCAACGCCGCGUCACAUAACAAGGUGCUCAUCAACAAAGACAACAUGAAGGCCAGCCAGCAACUGCGCACCGCUAAUGCUGACAAGCUAGCAAAAGAGCAACAACAACAACAACAACAAACAGCGCAAACCAACGGCGUGACCGCCCCAGACGCCGCCGAGCCGCGAGACAAGUCCCGCCUCGUCAUGGAGAUGCACAAGCGGGCUCAGACGCUGCUGGAGACGCAGCUGCGGCAGCAGACCACGCUCAUACACAAGCUGGAGCAGGGCAACGUGACAGAACAGCAGAAGGCCGCCCUCAUGGAAGCCAUCAACUCCUCGCAGGAGGGCAUAGAGAAGCUCCGGAAGGAACUGGUCGCUUACAACAAGAUGAUGAUGCAAGUGCAGGAAGAGACGGUGGCGAGAUCGUUUCGACGGCUUCAACUAGCUCAGGCCAACGCUAAAAGACCAAAAACCAGAGAAGAGGCUCAGAAAGAGAUCCUGGACGCCGAAUUGGACAUGUUCACCAAACAACAGGAGGGCCAAGACGUGACAGAGCUGAUGAAGAAGGUGGCGGAACUGCGCCGCCAGAUGGCGCUGCAGUUCCCCCCGCACCCCGCCGCCCGGAGGCCGCACGCCAGCUACCGAAUAGUGAAGAAAAAGUUAAGGGGAGGCCGCUUCAACACCUCGACCCGCUUCGUCCGGAACAACGUCGCUCCGCCCAACCCGGCCGCUCCGAAGGUCUUCGUGAACCAGUCGGUUGACCACCGGCCCCGCGCCCUGCUCGUGUCAGGGUUUGAAGCUGAUGAACUGGAUGGACUUAUCAAGCAUUUCUCUCAAUACGGCGAAGUGACCGGUAAAGAAGUGAACCUGGCAGUCCCCGAACUGAUACUUCAGUUCAAAUUGAGAGCUCAGGCCGAGGCGGCUGCGCGAGGCAGGAACUAUAAUGAGAGGACGCUGUCGAUAACGUGGGUGACGAACAACAAGCCCAUCACGCCGAUCGCAGCGCCGCCCGCCGCCGCGCCGGCGCAGAACGGAACUACACCCGCCGAGGCCACCACCGAAGUUGCAGAGCAACCGCCGUCAGAGUCCAUGUCCGAAGACGCUCUGCUCCGAUUCGACGAGGAAGAAGAAGACGAGGAGGAGGACCGCUCGUGGCGCCGUUGACGACCGCCGGUGACGUCACACGACAAGAUGGCGACCACAAGAUGGCGGCGGCAACAUGGCGGAGAGUUUUGUUUCAUCUGCAGACGGUUUUGUGGCUAGGGUUGCUGUGUUUUUUGGGUGUAUAGAGUCGUUGUCAGGUUUAAAUGCUGUUAGGGUUUUGGAAUUGCACACAAGGGAUUUAUGGGCGAAUGAAAGAGCUGAAAUUGGUGACCCCGACAUGAUUUAAAAUACAGACACAUUAUGAUUAGCUAGUUACCUCAGUUUUAAAAGGUAUCAGCUACCCUAAUAUGACGGAACGUAAGCAAUCAACAAUAAGUGCUCCUUGAGGACUAUUGUAUUGUUAAUGUGCGGUGUUGGUACGGUAGCUGAUACAUUUUAAAACUGAGCGGCCUAGUUCAACAUAAUUAUCGUGUUUGUAGCCGCAACGGUCCAUCAAGUCGGGGUCACCAAUUUGCCCAAUGCCACCGAAAUCCUGUGAUUCGCCCAUCACCCAUCUAUGGUUUCUUCUAACAUAAACAGUCUCCCUUUAUGUUAGCUGGUGUUUUUGUUUUGAUGGACAUUCGCUCCUGUUAGCUUUUGAAUCGGAUACUGCGUAUAUUAUAGACAUACCUUACAUUUGAGAGCAGGAUCGGGGAAGUUAAUGUAUAUUUGACAUCUGUCAAAUGUAAACUGGACUAUUGACUUGACUAUAGCUAGAUAUUUUUCUGAGAAACGAAUGCGUGGCUUAAUAAAAUUAAUUUCCAAAAUAUAAAGUUAAACAAUAUAAAUAGUAAACCGAGGUAAAUAAAAUUAUGUCCGUAAUGACAUGAAAAGAUCGCAGCAUUAUAGAUAUCUUUGAGAUUCUCUGAAGGCCAUUCAUGCAAUUUCAUAUACAAAUUACAACACGAAUUUGGACAUUCUUACAUUUACAAAAUGUAAAUAAAUACCUACUAAAUAUUAUUGACAAUGCAUCAUGGCUUACAACUGACUCAAUUAUUUGCGGUUUCCCAUUUAUCUUGAAGCUGAAAAGAUAUUCCGUUUAUAUGUAAAACCACAAUAUUAUUGUUUUUCGUCUUAACUGCAGGAUAAUUAUUAUAAUUUCAAUGAAAUGUACAUUAUUGAUGGUUAUCCUUGUUAUAU